CACCCACUUCUCACAUAGAUAAAUACAGAGCAAACUUUCAUUUCAGAUUACAAGCUGCGUAGGACUGCACACCAUUUUUCUGAUACUGCGAAGGUUUUCCAAAGUCAUGAAAGUAAUUGUUGUUGUUGCAGUGGUCGCCCUGGUGCAUGGCAGUUAUGCCACUUUGCUUAUUAAAGGGCCAACCCAGCCGGUCCUGGAGGGAGAGAGUAUCACACUGGAGUGUCUGUACUCAGACUCUGAACUCAACAUCAGCCAGGUCCACUUUGAAGUCUAUUCCAAGUACAUGCAGGGCUGGCGUUCAGUUUGGGAGCGAUCUUGGUGCUCCUAUAUGAUGCAAAUCGAGCGGACUGCAGAGAGUCUUGUCCUGUCCAUCUCCCAUGCAGGAAGGUACUAUGAGGGUCCCUACCGCUGUGUUUCUGACGCAGAGAAUGUGACUGCGCCAGACAGCAUCUCCCAGCCGCUGGACUUCAAAGUGCAUUAUAUGGGGGAGCUGUCACUGUCCAGGGAAGGCUACACCAGCUACCUGGGUGUCCCACAGGAGCUGAAGGUGCGACUCGGUGAUGACGUGGUGGUGAAGUGCUCUGUCAGUUCAUCAGAGGAGCCGAGCUACUUCUGGAAUAAAGACGGUGACGACUGGAUCCUGCCUUCCUCUACGCUGACGCUCAGGAAGGUGACGGCGAUGGAUGCAGGACAGUACACUUGCAUGGCCGAGCAUCCCUCUGUGGAGUCACUCCGCAAGAGCCGCACCAUCAGCGUCACUGUGCUGCCUGAGGAUGCCCCCUGGUAUGAGUCUAGUAAUGGACGUCUCGUGUUGAUGACCUCGGCGGGGGCUGUGUCUCUCUUGGUGUUCAUCCUCUCCAUGAGUGUGUUCCUGUGCCGCAGGGCCAAGCAGUCCAAGACCAGCAAGGGACCCAUUGAUGACCGGUCUCAGAAAAAGCCCAUCUACAAAAACAGUGUGGAGUCCCUACCCUCCACCUGCGGAGACAAACAACCUCUGGUGUGACUACACAGGCAGGUGGAAGGAUGAGGAGGCGGGUAGGAGGAAGAUGGAACGAGAGGCGAGGAAGAUUGAGUGGGUGGCCAGAAAAUGAGGGAUGGCAUAAAGGAGAUACUUAAAGAGGGAGGAGAUGGUAUAGGGUUAUGGAUGGUCACACUGAGGGAGAAAAGAGGGAUAUUUAGAGACUGUAGGGAGAGCAAAAUCAAAAUCAGUAACAAGCUGGGUGUAAUAAAACCUGAAGGGCAAAUGAUUGCUUUAGAGAACAGAAGCUGCUUUGCUUGUGGGUGUAUGCUGCAAUAAUGCAUCUGCAGUGUGGAAAAUGGUGAGCUUCAUUCUUAACAAAACAUUGAUUGAGCCAUUUGGGUGAUAGGACAAGGUUUUAUUCUGUUCGUUUGUUUCCCUUUCAUCCUUUUUUUUCCUAAAGCACAACCAGUUCAAAGCAUCUGUGAGAUGGUUAUUAUAUCUUUACUGUGACAGCACAUUGCACUCUACUAUUUUAUUUAAUGUACUUUGGAUUUCUUUGAUAUUAAAUGGCUUUCAGAAAAUAAUA